GUCACUUUUAAUACGAACUGACUGUUCAAAAAAAAUCCCAUAAAUGACGUCCUCUUAAAAUAUUGUGACAAAACUUAAAUUUCUUAUCUUUCAAGCAGCCACAAAAGUUUUUUUGUUCAAAAAUUAUCAAAUCAAUUUUUACUGCAAGAUUAAGCUCAGAUUUUAUCUUAUAAUUAAAAGAUCCACGAGAAUAAAUAUUAAUUAGAAUCAUGAAGAAGAAGGUUUUACUAAUGGGCAAAUCAGGAUCUGGAAAGACAAGUAUGAGAUCUAUAAUAUUUGCUAAUUACAUUGCCAGAGACACAAGACGAUUAGGUGCAACAAUAGAUGUCGAGCAUUCACACGUUCGUUUCCUUGGUAAUCUUGUCCUCAAUCUCUGGGAUUGUGGUGGUCAAGAAUCGUACAUGGAUCAAUACUUCCAAUCUCAAAAAGAAAAUAUCUUCAGAAAUGUUGAGGUUCUCAUUUAUGUAUUUGAUGUGGAGUCACGAGAAUUUGACAAAGAUAUGCAUUAUUAUCAAUCAUGUCUGGAAGCGAUUCUCAACUUUUCUCCGGAAGCCAAAAUUUUUUGUCUCAUCCACAAAAUGGAUUUACUCCCAGAGGAUCAACGUGAAUCAAUUUUCCGAACAAGACAAGAGGAUUUGAAGAAACUUUCGCUUCCACUUGAAUGCACUGCCUUCCGAACAUCAAUUUGGGAUGAGACGCUAUAUCGAGCGUGGAGUUCCAUUGUUUACCAGCUCAUCCCGAACGUCAAAGCAUUAGAGAAUUCACUUCAUCAAUUUGCAAAUAUCCUUGAUGCUGAUGAAGUCUUACUUUUUGAAAGAGCAACUUUUCUUGUCAUUUCACAUUGUCAACUGAAGCACCAUUCGGAUUCACAUCGAUUUGAAAAAGUUUCCAACAUAAUCAAACAAUUCAAACUUUCAUGUGCAAAAUUAGGUGCGAAAUUUCAGUCUAUGGAAGUUAGGAACAGUCAAUUUGCUGCUUUUAUCGAUACAUUUACUAGUAAUACAUACAUUAUGGUCAUUCAGUCAAGCGAUCCACAAAUGCCUUCAGAAGCGACGCUCGUCAACAUAAGGAAUGCUCGAAAAUAUUUUGAAGAACUGGAAAAUCCACUAAACAAUUCGAUCUCUUCUUAUCAGUCCGUAAAUAAUUACAACUGAUAUCAUUAGUAAAGGUCGUUUUGCUUCUUCAUAUUCAAAAGAUUGACGUUAAAGCUUAACGAAGCUAAUUAUGCGAGCUUUUUGUAACUCACUCAUGGCGAUUAUUAAUGUUUUUAGCCAACUUUUGUUUUUGUUAAAUGAAAAAUGACGUUAUAUUGAAAACCGAUAAUAAAAUGUGAAGACGAAUUGAAAUUUAUAAAUAGCUAUAAAAAGUAAAAUCAAAUAUUUGAAUUUUUAUCUCAACAUACGCAACGCAACGUUGAAAUUCAAAGUCCACAUUCUCCGUUCAAUCGAGGUUCAAGUGUUGAAUGUUUUUAUUGUCAAACAACAGGUUCGCGAAUAAUUAAAGUUAGAAAUAAUGAAAACUAAAGUGCUUUAAACCUGUUCUGUGAUAAUUUAUUACUUCUAAAUAAGUUGACUUUCAAUUGCAUUCGAGUUCAAGAACCUCAACAUAAACGAUAAAGAUGGAUAGAAUUUUACGAGGUAUUAUGAGAUAUCGUAACACUACAAGAGUUGAAAUGGUCAAAGAGUUUCAAAAAGUCAGAGACAAUCCUGAGCCGAAAGCAGUUUUCUUCACAUGCAUGGACUCUCGAAUGAUCCCAACGAGAUUCACUGAUACUCAUGUUGGUGACAUGUUUGUGAUAAGAAAUGCUGGAAAUCUUGUUCCUCAUAGCCAAUUUUUUCAAGACGAAUAUUUCUCAUGUGAACCGGCGGGUCUAGAAUUGGGUUGUGUGGUAAAUGACAUCCGACAUAUCAUUGUUUGUGGACAUAGUGAUUGCAAGGCUAUGAAUUUACUACGUCAAUUACAAGAUCCCGAACUUUCAUCACGAGAUAAUCGAAUCAUAUCACCAUUAAAAUCAUGGCUUUGCACUCAUGCAUCGACAAGUUUACAAAAGUUCCUUUAUCUGAAAGAAAAUGGACUUAAUUUGCCACUAACAUUUACUGCCGAAACACCCCAAAGAAAAUUCAUCGCUUACAUCGAUUCUGACAAUAAAUUUGCACUCGAAGAUAAAUUAUCUCAAAUCAAUACACUUCAACAGCUUCAAAAUGUCGCAUCUUACGGCUUCUUAAAGAAACGACUCGAGCAACAUGACCUUCAUAUUCACGCAUUAUGGUUCGAUAUUUACACCGGUGACAUUUAUUAUUUCAGUCGUCAAGCCAAACAAUUUAUCUCAGUUACGGAAGAUACGAUUGAAAAAAUUAGCGAUGAAGUUCGACGAUAUUAUUCAUGAAAGCUUAACAUCAACAACUCGAAUAUUCAUCGAAAUAUCUUCUUCUUUUUUCUUGUAUGAAUGCUGAAGGGUUAAGUAGUAAUGUAUGUCAUGACGUGCUUAUGCAGAUGUUGAACAAAUCCUUGCAUUUGGAUUUUAAACUUUACAACCUUCAAUAAUUAAGCUUUAGACUAUUAAGAAACAUUUAAAGUGCUUUAAAGAAAUUAACACAUCUUCCAGUGACAUUAUUUAAUGAUGUUUAUCUUGAUUCCUUGCUUUCUGUUGUACAAAAUUGGAUCAUUCUUGCUUGAUUCCAAUUGCUUGUUAUGCAUUUCCUAAGAUACAAUCUAAUAUUUAAAUAUUUUUUUAUGCAGAGCUUUUAUUGAUGUUAAAUUCAUUGUUUAAUAUUUUCUUAAAGAAAUAUCUAUUUCCCUAAUUUUUAUAGAAAAUUAUUCUUUUUAAGUUUCAUUUUCAACAUGUAAUGUACAAAAAUCUUUUCUUAAUGAUAUGACAAUAAAAGUGAUUUAUAAAAAUGUAGAUCAUCGAAAA